UAUCGAUCUUUACCUGCAAUUGUUCUGAUUUAGAUAGAGCUGAAAAUCCUUAAAAGGCCUUACAUUCACCAUUACCAGCUCAACAUCAUCUCGAGAACGAAAGAGGUUAGAGCUCCUGAAAUCUCAAAACUUCGGAUCCUACCGAUGCUAUGGUAAAAGCUGGUGAAAAUGGAAAUUCCGGUAGGAGGAGAAGCUCAGGAGCGUCGGAAAAGUCCGAAGACAAUAAACAAGUCAAAGAUGAAGAGGCUAAUGGAAGUAAAACGGCAUCGCCUUCGAUGCCUCCAUCAGUUGAGGUCGCAAAUGAACAUGAUGGUGAUGAGCAAGACCAUGACACACCGACCGGAUCCGUUCACAGUAGUCGAGCAUCAUCACCUCACGCCAUGUCUAAUCAAAAUGACAGUGGAGGCAAAGACGGCAAAAGCUCUUAUUCUCGGCGGAAAAGAGCAAGUGGUCACAUCGCCUCGGUUAUCUGUCAAUUUGUCGACACAUCGGGGAGGGGUAUCGUGUGCAAGCAGCGAGCUAUACUCGGCUACAAGUUUUGCAUACGACACAUACUGUUGGAUCCAUCAGCGCCGUAUAAACAGUGCGAACACCAUCGGAAGCCGAAAAGCAAAAAAGAUAUUGCAACACGCUGCACCAACGCUAUUCGUAAAGACAAAGAGGAGAAUUACUGCAGCACUCAUUUGAUCAUGAAUGGGAUGAAGGAAGCUAAAAAGAAAGAGAAGAACGCGUCCGCUACCAACAAUGAAGGAAAUGAGCCUAAUGAUGGUGGAGAGACUGCUGCUCCAACCGGCAUGGUUUCCGCUGUGGUAUCUACGCCAGCUCCGCUCCCGCCACAACCGCAGCUACCCCUCGAUGUUUCCCUUGGAACAAUGCCGCCACCUGUUCCACCGACGAAUGAACCUUAUCCCAUGACGACGUGUUUAGAGACUCCCAUCAUAGUUCCUCCACCGAUCUCCACUCCACCACAGCCAGCUGCAAUCCCACCACCGCCGGUACAGACAACCCUGGUCUCCAGACAGCCGAUGGUGGCGCCAACCACUUUGGCUGCGGCAUUAUCUUCUGCACGACAAACAGUGCCACCGCCAGUUCCAACCCCUACGACGACGUUGCGACAAUAUGUGCAGAGCGCGGCAGCUCACUUGUCAAACACUCAACUACGACAAAGUGUUCCGAAUGCGAAUGUCACAACAACAGCGAGACAACAAGCGUUAUUUCCUGUAGCUAUCGCUAGUUCGGUAAGGGAUACGCGGCAACCCGUACUUGCUCAGCUGAACAUGGAAACGAAGCGACAUUAUGGUGUGCCGCCUGGUUUAGUGUCAUCGCUAGAAGCUCAAUCCGCGAGUGGAAGUUCAGAAGUCUCCAACAAUCCAGUGACGGUGUUACCUCAGCAAGUGCCUCCUGUGCAAGAAGCUCGGAUAGUUAUGCAGCAACCGCAAAUGGCUCCAUAUCCAGUAGUGGAUCAGCAAUGCCUCCAGCCGCAAAUGGGACCACCACCUCUCGCUAUGGACCCUCAAUUAGCACCUCAGCUUGCCCAAGUGCAACGAAUCCCGAUGACUAUUCCUGCUGCCGUGGUGACUCAGCAGCAGCCGUUGAUAGUCCAACAGCAACAAUUGCAGCAAAUACCACAACAGCAGCCAAUGCAGCAGCGAAUUAAUGUCAAUCAGCUUCCACCCGGUACUUUGGCUGCACUACGGGCGCAAGCAUUACGCAGUCGAUCACUGUCGACGACCGCUAUACAACGAAACCAUCCACAGCUGGCUGCGAAGCUGCUCGAAGGUGGUGUGCGAAAUGCGCGCAACUCGCGUUAUGCUGCUGCACUUGCAGCGGCUAUUGCACGUCAAAACCAACCUCUUCCUUGGAAUGCACCACCCAUAGCUCGACGGACACCACCAUCGAGCGAUGAAGAGGAGAGCAAGAACAACAAUGGAAAUAAGGUCAUUCGUCUUCGAAUGAAACGACAACGGCGGCGGAUGGUCGGAAUCUACCGUGCUAUACCAGAAAUCGAUUCUAUGUGUCGUGCUGUUGAAGAUGCUGACUACGACAAGACCGAUUUGUUCCCGCUAGGAUUGGAACCAUCUGAUGACGAAGACUCCACGUAUCCAUCGUCAUCUGUACUUCCCACUGCCAGUCUUGCUGUCUCUAGCUACUCUGGUGAUCUAUCCACGCAACUUUACCUCAUCAAGAAGCAGUUGCGUUUGGAGAGACAUGCGUUGUUGAAGCAGGCCCAGCUGAAUGCACACAUCAUGUGCGCAUCGCGAAGGCUUCCGUUAAGCGUUGGCGCAGCUCUGCGUCAACGUUCAGACCCAUCACCGCCACCGUUACAGCUGGCGCCAGCGGCUCUGCGAAGGUGUUGUCAAUUGGACAGCACAAAUAAGCAGCGGUGCGAAAGAGCUUGCUUACCUAUGUCCAACCAUUGUGCCCAGCAUGUUCUUUACAAUGUCAACCAACGGCUGUUCUCUUUUUGCACGCAGUCUUUUUGUCGUCGACCUGUGAACUCGAUUGAUGCGUUGCUUUGGGAUGGCAAGUGUUCGAUACAUAGGCAGUCAAGGGAGGAUAAAUACGGACCAGCUCCUCUCUAUGAGACUAGCUCGUUCAUGGGUUCUGCAUCCUCGGUUGGUUCACCACUUGGCGAUGAAUCAUCAGCAGCUAGUCCCAUGCCUCAAAAUGACGCUCGUCAUUUUCUGACAGACACCACUGCGCCGAUGGAUUGUCAACUUUCGCUAGAUGUGUCGCAUUCAUGGGAUGACGUUACCGAGUUUCUAAUGUCAGAGGGGUUUCCGGUGGAUUCGCCUAAUUCUCAGGUUACACCAACAUAAACAACAGUAUAUAGGUUGUUUAUGCUUGGGCUUCUUCAGGUAAUUCAUUGGUCUUUUCUCUCAUCACAUGUUCCUCUUUAUCUCUGAAAUACCUGUUUAAAGUGCUCUAAGCAGCUGAUCUUCUUCUGACUGCUGUUCUUUUACGUGUACAGUUCAUGUGUUAGCGGUCUUGUGUUAUCACACCCGACACAGAGAUAUUUUUUCAUAGCAUUUUCAGUUCAAUCCCGAUAGAUAUGUGAUCAAAAUUAGUUCGCUACCGAUUUACUUUGAAUAAUCAAAACUAUGGCAAAGUGCUACCACUGCUUUAUAUCGCAUUACAUAGCUCAUGAUUCUCAUCUGUCUUCAGUGUUCAAUGUUCGUUUCUCACUUAAAAGUGUUUCUAAUGUCUCACUGGGGUAAUCACUACUGGUUGCAAUAUCCAGUAUAAAUAAUUUUGGCAGACGUUCCUUCUUGUUGUACAGUGUUUUUUUUGUAAGUAAUUAUUUUGAUCUCUACAUGCAACAGUUUCAAGAAUAACUGUAGACAAGAUGAUGAUGCGUCUGUUGAAGUACUUGAAAAUUCUCGAAGUUUGUACGAGUUACAGAUGUUCAAAAAAGUAUUGAAUUAAGUCAUCAGUUUGUAAUAAAUGAUUUAGUGCUAAACACAUUUUCGAUUGUGAAGUUUUGUCGGUAAGAAAAU